AUGGCACAGAAGAAGAGACUGCAGCAGUUGAGUAAAGCAUAUCUUGGUAUGGCACAAAUGCUCGAGAUAUCCAAGGAUGAUGAUUCAGAUGAAACCAAACUUCUUACGGCUGCAGCUUUUAAUAGUGUCACUGAUAAUUUUCGAGAAUAUACGAAUAAUCGAAAUAAGUGUGAAGACGAUGUUCCAUUGACACUCACACGUAUUGAGGCAUCAAAUGACUUCAUAGUGGUCUGGUUGCAUCAUGGAGAACCACUCGAAAACGACAUUCAACAAGAUUCAGAAGUCAAGUUACGAUGUGUUUUUGCGAAUGUGCAAAUCUUUACCGAUAUGAAAACAUGCCUCGAUUUCCUUGAGCACCUCGAUCCCGAUCAUACUCACCUCAUCUUUAUUUCAAGUUGCUUUUACGAUGGCAAGGUUUGCAGUUUUACUAUUAUCUUAAUCUAA